AUGGAUGAUCCAAACGAUUAUGUAUACGAUAAUAUUAGCACAGAUGGAUUGAAUAAAAGAUCAGAUAUUAUAUAUGAAGAUUAUUAUGCAAAAAAUGUGAAACGGCGGAAAUUUAAGUCUUCCGAAAAAAUAACGGAAGAAAAUGAAGAGUUACCAAAAAAGGCAAAAAGGAAACUUAAGGAAUAUUAUGAAGUUUUAUUUGAUAAUAAGAUAAUAAAUUUACCAUUUAGUGCUGACUCAAUAAAUGUACAGCAAAGAGGGUUUCAUGAUUAUAGCAAAGAAAUGAAAUUAAAAAAAAAUCAUAUGAACAAACCAUUAUGGAUAUGUUCAGAUGGAUUUAUAUAUUUAGAAAUGUUCAACAGUUGUAGUAAACAGGCUUCAGAUUUUCUUAUAACAAUAGCAGAACCUAUUUGUAGGCCUGAAAUAAUACAUGAAUUUCAGUUGACAAUUUUUUCAUUAUAUGCAGCUAUAUCUGUUGGUAUAACCUUAGAUGAGUUAUUAUUAAAUUUGGAUAAAUUUUCUAAAAACGUAUUACCUAGCGAAUUAGUGUAUAGUAUAACAAAAAGUGCUGAAUCAUUUGGUAAAGUAAAAUUAGUAUUAAGAGAAAAUAAAUAUUAUAUCGAAGCUAAAGAUAAAUUUGAAUUAGAUUAUUUAUUAAAUAAUAAUAUUAUUAAAAAUGCACGGGUAUAUUCAACCGAUGUUAAUAAUAACGAUUCAAAAAAAAAUAAUAUGUUUAAUUUAAAUGGUAACUUUAUGGAAAAUAGUAGGGGUGAUAACACAGGUGCUUCAGGAAAUGUUUUAAACGACGAAGCGGAGAAUAAGAAACAAAAAGAUGCCUACGUCACAUACGAGGCCCCUGUACUCGACACAGCACAGCUAGGUUUCAAAAUAAGUGAAAGUGAAAAACAGCUGAUGCUAGAGGAAACAAAGAAAAAUGCAAAUGAUAACUCGAAUGAGAAUUCAGCAGAAGUUUAUUCCUUUGAAGUAAAUUGUGAUAAAAUAGAAGAAGUUAAACAAGAAGCAUUACAAACUAUGCAAAGGCCAUUAUUAAUGGAAUAUGAUUUUCGAAGAGAUAAAAAAAAUCCUAAUUUAAAUUGUUCAUUAAAAAGUCAUGUACAAAUAAGAUAUUAUCAAGAAAAAGCAUUAAGAAAAAUGUUUAGUAAUGGUAGAAGUAGAUCAGGGAUAAUUGUACUACCUUGUGGUGUUGGUAAAACUUUAACUGGUAUAACUGCAGCAAGCACAAUAAAAAAAUCUUCCUUAUUUUUAACAACAUCAGCAGUAGCUGUUGAGCAAUGGAAGAAACAGUUUGAAGAUUUUACAAAUAUUCAUCCAAGGCAUAUAAGAAUAUUAACAUCAGAUUAUAAGUUUGAUUUAUGGCCAAUUAAUGAGGCUGGUGUAUUAAUAUCAACAUAUACUAUGUUGGCAUAUUCAGGUAAAAGAAGUGAACAAAGUUUAAAAAUUGUUAAUGAUAUAAGGAGAAGAGAAUGGGGUUUAUUAGUUUUUGACGAAGUGCAAUUUGCCCCUGCACCAUCAUUUAGAAGAAUUAAUGAUAUAGUAAAGUCCCAUUGUAAACUUGGGUUGACUGCUACAUUAGUUAGAGAAGAUUUACUUAUAAGAGAUUUGCAAUGGAUUAUUGGGCCUAAGUUAUAUGAAGCUAAUUGGGUAGAGUUACAAAAUAAAGGAUUUUUGGCAAAAGCUUUAUGCAAAGAAAUUUGGUGUAGUAUGCCUAGUUCUUUUUAUAAAUAUUAUUUAAAAUCAAAUAGCUUUAUAAAACGGCGAUUAUAUACAUGCAACCCUAGAAAAUUAAUGAUGUGUGAAUAUUUAAUAAAAUAUCAUGAACAAAAUAAUGAUAAAAUUAUUGUUUUUAGUGAUAAUAUAUUUGCGCUAUUGCAUAUAGCCAAAACUUUGAAUAAACCUUUUAUUUAUGGUAAAUUGUCACCUAUUGAAAGAAUUGCAAUAAUAAAUAAAUUUAAAAAUGAUUCAACGAUUAAUACUAUUUUGUUAAGUAAAGUCGGAGAUAAUGCUAUAGAUAUACCUAUAGCAAAUGUUGUUAUACAAAUAUCAUUUAAUUUUGCUUCGAGAAGACAAGAAGCACAGAGAUUAGGAAGAAUUAUUCGACCAAAAAAUAGAGCAAAUGAAAAAAAAAAUAUCAAUGAUCCUGAUUCGUUUUUUUAUUCUUUAGUUAGUAAAGAUACUAUUGAAAUGUGCUACUCAGAUAAAAGGCAACGAUUUCUUAUAAACCAAGGAUAUGCUUAUAAUGUUCUUAGUGAUAAUAUCGUUGAUUUUAAUAAAUUAAAUUUAGUAUAUAAAAACAAAAAAAUUCAAGACAAUUUACUUAAAUGUAUUUUGGCCAGUACAGAUGAUGGAAAUAAUGAUGAAGAUGAUGACGCAUUUGAUGAUAUGGAUUUUAAAAAGGAACCCCCCAAAACUAAUAAAAGGAAUAGUAGUGUUUUAUCAAGUAAUAAUGACAAUUUGGUAAGAAUGUCAGAUAGUGAUGGACUUCUCAAGUUAUCUACAAAUAUGGAUAUAACAUUUAAUGAUAAAAAAAAAACAACUUCGAAAAAGUUUGCAGAUAAACACAUUCUUUUCAGAAAAUUUUUGAACCAAAACCGAUAA